UUUCUUUCCCUCUUCCUUCUCUAACACUUCAUUCUUGAGUCUUAAAAAACUGCCAUUGGACCGUUUCUACAAGAACUUCAAUUGUCAAUACUUCAUAUUCAAGCUUGCAGUUAUUCUUUUCUUGUUUAAAAAAAUACCGAUGAAGCAUUUGUUUUUUAAAUAUUCAUGUUGUUUAUGUUUGAACCACAGCUUCCUUUACAGUUAUGGUAGUUCAUAGGCUUGUAGAAUUUAGUGCUGCUGUAAAUUUUCUUUUGGAAAAGAUCAGUAUAAGGCAUACAAUGGUUUCUCUGAAGAUUGAAAGGGGGGGCUGCAUGCUGGGUUUUGUCAUGUAUUCGGAAUAUAUUUGUCUAGUGGGUUUGGGAUGUCUGGUUAGUAAAUAGAAUUAUUCCUGUGCUAUGACUGAAGACCAUGAAAAAUGUGAGCAUUUGUUGCUUGAAAAUAAAUACUAAUAUCCCAUGCAAUGAUUUAGAGUACUAGUUUGAUGGCUUGACAUCCAUUGAGUUAAAAAUCCAAGUCUAUUUUGUAUUUUUUCCCCGUGCAUGAGCUAUGAUUUAACUUACGGAGAAUGAAAUGAGAAGUUGAGAUGGGAAAAAGUGUGUGUGUGUGUGUGUGUGUGUGUUUUAUUGGAUCUCUUUUACAAUAUUCUCAACAAAUACUGCUUUCGUGCACAAGUAAUUAUGAGCUUCAUAGUCUGCUUAUAGGGGGGACGGACAUAACUGUUCAUGACCUGCAUUUACAGUUGUAACCGAAGGAGUGGUAUGAUAAAAUGGUUUUAAGAGGAACAGGAAUUGUUGAUUAUGCAUGCACACCAGAAGAAGUGCAGCAGCACUUCCAGUCAUGUGGGACAGUGAAUAGGGUGACUAUCCUUACAGACAAGUUUGGUCAUCCAAAAGGUUUUGCUUAUGUGGAAUUCCUUGAACCUGAAGCUGUUCAAGAGGCUCUUGUCUUGAAUGAAUCUGAAUUGCAUGGUCGUCAAUUGAAGGUCAUGCCAAAAAGGACCAAUGUCCCUGGAAUGAAACAGUAUCGCCCUAGGCGUUUUAAUCCUUACAUGGGGUAUCGCUUCAGGAGGCCUUUCCCUCCUCCUUACUUUUACUCGCCUUAUGGAUACGGGAAGGUUCCCAGGUUCAGAAGGCCAAGUCGAUACAUGCCAUAUUAUUAGAAGACAGGAUGCAAUGUGCUAGAGAUAUGAUGAUAAUUGCUUCCCAGAACAUUUUUCCUUUUUAUAUUUUCUAUAUUACUUUUGGUAUUUGGUCUGUGGAACCUUUUAGUGCUUAGUGAUGCUAAUUCACUUCAUCUGCAUCUGCAUGCCGUGGGACUUGAGAUUUUCUUCUUGGUUAUCACUGGGCUAGGUGCUAUUGUUGUAAGUUUUUUUUUUUUUUGGGACUCAGCUACUGUUGUAGGUUGACUCCUUAGAAUUUGACUCUAAAUAGUUCAGACUCAAGUUUCCAUUGAAUGUAUCAUUGUGUACCUUUAUAAUAAGUUCACAUCUCACGCGAGUGCGGCCCAAGUCGCUUUACUA